CGGGUCGUCGUCGGGCCGAGGCGGCAUGGAGCGGUUCCGAUGGCAGGUGGCGGCCGUGGCGGCCGUGGGCCUCGCGCUGGCCCUGGAGGCGCUGCCCUCCGUGCUGUGCUGGCUGCGGGCCGGGCGCCGGCAGCAGCAGAGGCCGCCGCGGCGCCAGGUGCUCUUCUUCCCGUCGCAGGUGACCUGCACCGAGGCCCUGCUGCAGGCCCCGGGGGAGGCGCCGUCGGGGCCCCCAGCCGGCUGCCGGUGCAGCCUGCCCCACGGCGAGAGCUCGCUCAGCCGCCUGCUGCGCGCCCUGCUGGCCGCCCGCGCCAGCCUCGAGCUCUGCCUCUUUGCCUUCUCCAGCCCGCAGCUGGGCCGCGCGGUGCAGCUGCUGCACCAGCGCGGGGUGCGCGUCCGGGUCAUCACCGACUGCGACUACAUGGCCCUCAACGGCUCGCAGAUCGGCCUGCUCCGCAAGGCAGGCAUCCAGGUGCGACAUGAUCAGGACCUUGGCUACAUGCAUCACAAGUUCGCCAUCGUGGACAAGAAGGUGCUGAUCACGGGCUCCCUCAACUGGACCACACAAGCCAUCCAGAACAACAGAGAAAAUGUUUUGAUUAUGGAGGAUGAGGAGUAUGUGAGGCUUUUUCUGGAAGAAUUUGAACGUAUCUGGGAAGAGUUUAAUCCUACCAAGUACACCUUUUUCCCGCAGAAGAAGCGAAGUCACUGAAGCUGUGCUCUCUCCGCUGUCUGCAGAGUUGGAGGGGAGAGUGGUGUUUAAUGUCACAGAACUUUUGGUACCCAGAGUUAAAGCCAGAGCAAACCUACAAAGAAUGGGACUCCAGGCCGGCCUGGGCCUCACCCAGAGCUGCUGCCGGUUUGGGUGUGACAUGCAUGGUACAUAAGCGAAAUUUAGGAACACAUUCUUGCAAAGUCUGUUCUCGUUCGGUACAGGAUGAAAGCCAACUAAACAGUGUUUGGGGUUAUGGAAGACAGGGACAUCCCUACCACCCCAAGUCAGUUGUUUCGGACAGCUUGUUUCUUGCCACAGUAAAUGCAGCCACCACCUCUCACAAGUGUGCUUCCCAGGGCUGCCGGCUCCUGGGCCCAUGGUGGAUGGGCUUCUCCUGCCUUAGACAAGCUGACCCCUCCCGUCCUCGUCCCCCCCCCCCCCCCCCCGAUCUGGGGUCUCUCAUGUGGCCUACUCCAUCAGCCCCGUGGCAGUGGCUCCUGACUUGUGUCCUCUUCUGUUGGCCUGGCCGCUCCCAGCAGCACAGCUGAUACCUGGUGUUGGUAGAGGCAGCAGUCCUUCGUGUCUGCUGUCACAAGCUCCUUGGUGGCUUCUUGGCGGGUUUGAGUCCACAGAGGGAAACGGGAGAAGUCAGGGAGGAGAAGGGGCGGGAGGAGAAGGGGCAGGAGGAGGGAGGGGUGCCAGGCACGGCAGGAGUGGGGAGCUGCCCUCCAGGCCCCUGGUGAGCAUUGCUUGCCCCUGCAGCGGGCAGGUCAUGCUCUUACCGGGUCUCCUUGCACGAUGACCCUUUACAACAAAUACACCUGGAGACGUUCGUCCCCCCCAGCUUCUGUCAGCAAGGCCGGUAAGCGGCCAGAAGCAGCUUCUGUUUCCUGUGUUAUGCCUUUAAUUGUUAACAUUCUCACAUUCAAGGUGAUUUUGUGCGCUUAGAAGUGACCUUCACUGUUAGCACCGGUGAACUUGGCUCAUUGGCAGGUUUGGCUCAGCACAAGGCAUCCUGAAUUACCUGACCAUCCAGGGGAGUCAGCCAGGAGAGAGCCUGAUUUGGGGCUGUGGCACCUCCCAGGUCUAUUUUUACUGUCAGCUAGGGGAUUUGCUCUCACUGGUAACUACAAGAAUAGCUGUCUCACAUAUGCUUGUGAGAUGUUACAGAUUAUCUUUUCAUAACACAUAUCUUUAGUUCAGAUGACAUCCGAAUGCUCAUUGUGCCAUCUUGUCAUACUUGUGUAAUAUGCUGUGUGACUGGUCCUGAGGUCUGGGCAUGUACACUUUCCCCAUCACACCCACGGAGCCACCUGCAGAGACCAUUCCGUGUUGCAUGUUUUUUCUGCUUAAAGUCACCUUUGACUUACUGUGUUACACAAGUAAACCCAAAGUUAGUUUUUCUGACUUAUUGAGGCUAUAAAGUAUAAUAUAUAGUUUGGAAAUAAGACCUGCUUUUACACUAGAUGUAUUUUCUCAACUGCGUGUGUGUUCCAGCAGUCUGCUCUGAGGAGAGAACAGGAGUUACAGAAUGUGUCCUGAAUUAUGAAGCUGGGUUGUCCUGGACUUCUGGCACGUUUAAAUAAAUAUGUUCUUAUUCUGGAA